CACUCCGAUUCGGUUUCGGCGGCGGGGCACCCUGCUCGUCGUUAUCAGCUGAUCCCGCCAGAUCGAGGGAGCCAGAGAGGGAAGGGAGCAGCCAUGGAGUCGUUGUCGAGUUCCAUCGCGUCCACCACGGCGGCGCAGGCGCAGGCGCGGCUGCUCCGGCCGCCGUCGUGUUGCCGGCGGCCUGUCCCCGGCCCGGCGGGGUUCGUGGCUUGUAGGAGUUAUGCUGUGAGAAGCAAAAUGAUGAUGAGGGCACUGCCUCCAAUCCGUGCUAGCUUCCAGCCGGCAUUUCCUCAGCAGCCAAGCUUUCAAGAUGCAUACAGGAAGAAACAAAAUGUUCCUUGCUACCAAAGACAACAAGCUCCACAGAUAGAAGCCAAGUCGAUGGAGGAGGUAUAUGGCACUUUGGCUGAACACCUUCUUUCUGUCUUGAAGAAUAUUGAACACCUUGACUCAAAGUACAUUGUUGGCCUAGCUGGCCCACCUGGUGCAGGCAAGUCCACAGUUGCUUCUGAAGUUGUUCGACGUGUUAAUAUGCUUUGGUCCCAGAAGCACGCAAAGGGUAGUGGAGCACCGCUUCCUACUGAGGAAAUUGCUGCAAUGCUUCCAAUGGAUGGUUUCCACCUUUAUCGUGUCCAGCUUGAUGCAAUGGAGGAUCCAAAAGAGGCACAUGCAAGAAGAGGAGCUCCGUGGACAUUCAAUCCAUCACUUUUUCUGAAAUGUCUACAGACCCUAAGAACAGAGGGUUCAGUUUAUGCUCCAUCAUUUGAUCACGGUGUUGGUGACCCAGUUGAGAAUGACAUAUUUGUAAAGCCACAGCACAAAAUUGUGAUUGUUGAAGGGAAUUAUCUAUUACUGGAAGAAGAUGUUUGGAGGGAAAUUAGAGACUUGUUUGACGAGAAAUGGUUCAUUGACAUUGACAUUGAUGUCUCCAUGCAAAGAGUGCUCAAGAGACAUAUUGCGACAGGAAAAGAGCCAGAUGUAGCAGCAUGGCGGAUCUCAUACAACGACCGUCCAAAUGCAGAGCUUAUCAUGGAAUCAAGAAAGAAUGCUGAUCUUGUGAUCAGAUCUAUGGACCUCUCAAGCUAAACUCCGUUUCUUUGAUUGGAAAUAGGAUUGUGGCUCUAGUAGUGUUGAGACGAAGGCACCAAUAUGUUGUUUCCAUGGGAGUUCUUGUACAUGUAAUAAGCUGAAUGCUUAUUUCCAAUUUUCCAUGGUGAUUAUGUGCAUGUAAUAAGAUCGAUAUUCUUUCAUGAUGUACAGUUGAGGGAUUAUUAAAUAAUUUAUUGGGCAUCUUUUUGAACA